AUGAGGAGCAUCUCUUCAGACUGCGGGGGGGAGGUGGAGGCCGUGGCCGUGAGGAGAAGUGAAUCUGCGGACGCUCAGGGGAUCGACAGCCUCAUCAGCUCCGGAGCUCUGACGUUCCCUGGAAGACUGAAUAUUAUUCAACUGCUAGAAAAAGCCAAUCUGGCUGUGACCCUGACAAACGACAAAGACGACAUCUUGGCCCACGCCUCCUUCCUGGAUCACCCUGCUGGAGAUCUGGUGGAUCAGGCUCACUGGGAAUGUUUCCUGCAGAAACACUUCAGUGCUGAGAACUGCACGCCUCACAACACGCUCUUCCUCCACCUCUUCGUCGCUCAGCGCAACUUCUCCACAGCAAGUGUGAAGGAGAUAAUGAGGGCUGUGUUUAAUGCCAUCACAGAGCUUGAACACAUCUGCCUGGUCACUCCAAACAUCACUGAUAUAGAGCCGGCGCUGAAGGACACGUUUGAGCCGCUGCAGAGCCGGACGGACCCGGGGCCACGCUGCCUGGCAUCGAUCUGCCACCGACGGCAGCACUGUCCCAGACUCCAUGUCCGCCCUGCCAGGGAGGUGGAUCAUGACGACAUCAUGCACAUAUUUGAACAGCACUACAAAUGGUUCGAUCAGCCGUACGUCCUGGCCGAACUCAUUGAGGCUCAGAAUGAAGAGAACCACUCAGCUGUCUGUGAGAUCGAUGGCGUCAGCGUCGGGUUCAUCAGCUUCACGGCUGAGGUCGAUUUGAAGAAGCUGAACGACGGCUUCGAUCUCAGUGACUUCAACGGUUUGUACAAAGCUGCUGCGUCCACUGACCCUGGACCAGCCGGCGAGGAACCGAGACAAACACACACCUCCACUUCACAACAGGGAACACGUUCAGCUGGAGAAGAGUUCUCACAGGAACCCAACGCGUUCUGUAUCCAGCUCUUCAUCAUGGACAAGAAAUAUGAGAUGAGAUCAGUGGACUUAAUUCCAUAUGUGUUCAAACUGUUCCCUCUUCUGGAUUUCUGCGUCUUCACGGUUCCGUCUCUUUCCGCUGAGUGUCCUCUGCUGCAGAGCUUCCUCCGGGUGGCGCCACGAGCCAACAGCUCGUUGGUUCACGAGCUCUACGUGUUCCACCGCGUGGGGCUGAGGCCUGUGGGGGUGCGCCCGGUUGUGCCUGCAGACCGACCUGCUGUCUCUGCACUGGUCCAGGGUCUGCCGCUGAGCGGGUCCCUGCUGGAGGACCUGGACUGUUUCUACGAGAGCCGCACUGACCCGGUCAGUCAACGUCUGCAGGCCUUCGUGGCUCAGGUGGACGUGGAGGUCGUGGGGGUCGUGAUCAUCAGAGAGGAACCGGACAUCGAGUUCAUCCGCGCCCACUACAACAUCGAGAACUUCAUCUACUUCAGCCACCACCGCUCAGAGGAGCACGCUCGGAUCCGCCACGUUGUCCUCCAGCCGUCCUUCCAGCACUUCACCAAACACUUGUUCAAAGACGUCCUGCGCCUGUCUCACAGAUCCUGCCUGUACCACCGACUCUACCCCCCACCCCACAGCCAGCAGAAUUCCUGCGUCCACCAUCUGGACGGUGUCCUCGACUGUGCGGUUCCCGUCCGCCCACGACGCCAGAUCAUCUACCCGCUGGAGGAGCUUGGCAUCAACGCCCCGUCCAGGCGGAUCACAGAGGAGCAGGCGCCGUUCGCCCUCUGCCUCAUCAGCAGAAAGUUAACCAUGGAGCCAAAGGUCACCAUCAACGCCCGGAUCGUGGUGGUGGGGGCGUCGGACACGGGUUUAUCUUUCCUCGAGGUGCUUUGCCUGUGCCCUCACCUGAGGUUCAACAACCUGACCCUCAUCUCAACACACGGUCUCCCCGGUGACUACGACCAGGAGGACGUCGGGUUUCUGUCCACGAGUCACGCGUACAGCAGCCGCGACUUGGCCCGGCUCCCUCUGCACUCCUGUGUCUGCGUGGUGACUGACAAGAUGGUGGCCAUCAACAGGAAGUCCAAACACGUGCUGGUGUCUGGAGGUGAGAAGGUUCCGUACGACCACCUCGUCCUCUGCACGGGGCUGCAGUACCAGGUGCCCUGUCCCAUUGGUGUGGAUCAGAACCGGCCCGUCAGCACCGAGCUGCAGAACCAGGCCGCUCGCCGCAGGUACACCGGGCCGGUUCCCUCCAACCUCUUCACCCUCAACGACCUCCACGACUGUGUGGCUGCUCGCCGAUGGAUCUGUGCCAACUUUGUGGACCUGGAGGAUAAUGCCGUCGUGUAUGGAAACAAUAUGGACGUCUACACCACAGUGGAGACUUUGCUCAGCCUCGGUGUCCGAGGAUCUCGUAUCCACGUGGUCCUCCCGCCUCCUGAGCCGGACGUCUCCUGCCUCAGGGACCCGGCUGUGGACCGAGCUGUGGGGACGGCCACGGAGGAGGCCGGAGUCCAGGUCCACAGGAGCUGCCUGCUGGCCCAGAUGAACAACGGAGAAAACCCAGACCCACUCACAUCGGUGUCGUUCUCCACCGACACAGAGCCGCUCCGUCUGCAGUGUGGUGUCUUCAUCAAUCUUUCCAAUAGAGGAGUGGACAGCGACGCCUUCAGGAGCAUCAGCGGCUCCUUCCUGGUGUUCGACCGCCGACUCGUCAUAAGUUCCUCGUUCCUCACCAGCGACCCGGACAUCUGCGGAGCCGGGCCCGUCACCAAGUUCUCCCGGUGCUACUACUCAGACGAGUGGUCGCACGCCAGCUUCAACUCCAAGGAGGUGGGCCAGGAGCUGGCGGCCAUGAUGCUGCUGCUGGUCGACCCGACCCAGGAGCCAGAGGAGGAGCUCCCCUCGGACCUGGAUCCUCUGGUGCCGCUCUACAAACAGGCCGUGAUUCAAGGUGGGAAGCUGCCGGGAGGAUUCAACUACCUGCACUUCACCAAACCAGCUGCCUCCAGCCUGACGGAGGCUCCAGCUCCACACCUGGAGGACAGAAGGAUCGUGACCGGACGGGUGGAGACGGGGGAUUACUUCUGUUUGCACCUGGACUGCUUGGAGCUGGUGGAGACCAUCACCUGCUUCUCUCUGAAGCCCCUCCCCGUCUCCAAUUACCUGAGCCUGUAUGGGAAACACCAGCAGCUGCUGGGCCAGAUGUUGAGCCGCUACCACCAGAACCUGAUCCCUGACCUGUACAGCUUCUUCAGGCAGAGCUGGUGUUUGGCCGUUUAUCACGACCGGUUCUCUGACUUCGAGCUGGAGCUUCAGACGAUCGCCUCACAGACUCUGACGGACGACGAGUCGAGCGUGAUGAGUGAAGACGGAUUCAACGAAGUCGAGAGUCGAGCGGCUCUGAGAAGCGGAGCAGUGAGAUAUCUGAGCUACAAUGAAAACCUGCUGCCCAUGUUCGCCUGCUCAGGACAACUGUGACAACACAACUCACAAACACAGACGUGACUGAAACAGACACACACUGUCGCACAACUCGUGGGUCACAACCUUUACAGAAAACUCUAACUUCAUGUGUUUAGCAUCAGAAGAGGAAGAAUAUAAAUUACUAUCGUUAGUUUCCAGGGAGCUAAACAUAUUUCAUGAUGUCACUGAAUCUUCUGAUGAGUCACUGAAAUAUUCAUAGUUAAUAAAAUCUUUGGAGGUUUUUCCCUCGAAUGUUAAGAAUUUAGAGACUAAAUGAAUUCCUCCUUUUUCCAAAGACCCAUGUUUU